AUGGGGCAGGUCAUGGGCAUUAUCAUCGGUGCUUUCUCUCAGGCCCAGUCCGACCCGCUGGAGAACUUGCGGCUUGCGGUUGAGCGUGCAGAGGCUGCAGGUGUCGAACAGGAUACGCUCGAUGAUGUGAGGACGAAGCUUGCAGAGCUGGAAAACGAAGUCGGAAAGGAACUUUCGAUCUCGGUUCGGCAUGCUGUAAGUGGGGAGACGCUCACAGUGGUACGAGCAAGACCGUCGGACACACCCGCCUACCUGCGAGAGCAUGUGCUGAGAGCCACCGGUGACGGAGGUGUGGCUCUUCACUUCCUUUUCCAGUCGCAGGUCUUGGACGAGAAGGUCAGCCUCCGAGACUCCGGCCUCGUAGAUGGUGACACGGUCUUCCUGGUUCAGACGCCGUUGCUCUGCCUGACCGCGUCCUUCGAUGGGACCGCGAGAAUAUGGUACUUGCAAAGUGGCGAUUGCCGGAAGAUGUUGGUCGCGCGACGAGGAGGGCAGGUCCAGUCCGCGACAUUUUCACACGACGGUUUGAUACUGCUCACUGUGUCGCUGGAUGGCGAAGGGAAGCUCUGGUGCCCAGAGAGUGGCCGGCUUCUUUGUGAGCUCAGCGGGCAACAAGGAGGUGUUUUGUCGGGCGAAUUCUCAGCCGAUAGCAAGUGGAUUACGGGUGCAUCAGAUGAUUGCACCGCCAUAGUCUGGAAUGCCGAGACGGGCAAAUGCUCGCAAGUCCUCUCUGGACAUGAUGACGAUGUUAAGUCAGCUGCCUUCUCUCCGGAUGCCUCACUGGUCGUCACUGCAUCCUGUGACGGAACCGCUUGCCUCUGGAUGGCGGCAGAUGGCAGUAGACUCCGAUCUUUUGUUGGACAUGACGACGUGGUGAAGUCUGCAAUGUUUUCCUAUGAUGGAAUGCGCAUCAUCACGGCGUCAAUGGACGGAACCGCGCGGGUUUGGAACGUCGAGACUGGUGAGUGCUUGCAAGUUCUGCAGGGCCAUGCCAAGGCUGUCAAUAGUGCAGCUUUCUCACCUGACGACACUUUGUACCUCACUACGUCCUUUGAUGGGACGGUCCGAGUUUGGGAAGCCGGCUCAGGCGAUUGCAAUCUGGUUCUUCAUGCCGAUAACAAAGUCGUGAAUAUGGCUCAGUUCUCGCCUGACGGUGCCAUGAUUCUGGUUGCUUCGGGCACGGAGUGUGUCCGCUUGCUGAGUGCGACUACAGGCGAAUGCAUCAUGACCUUAGACGGUCACGAGGAUUGGGUGAGGACAGCUAAUUUCUCGCCCGACGGCAUGCUCAUCGCCUCUGCCUCCUACGAUGGGACAGCUAGGUGCGGCAUCCUGUCUGAUCCGGGGAUGCUGUGCUUCAAAUUCACUGCCGCGAUCAUGAUGAAGCAGGUGGCGGAACAGCUGGCUGAGAUCCAGGAGCAGCAAAAGGCUUCUGCCCAGACUUUUGCUUACCUCGCACAUCAGCACGAAGGCUGGCAGGUGGCACUGGAUUCCAUCCUUGAUCGCAUUGACCGGCUUAACGAGACAGAGGAGCGCAAAUUGGAUUAUCCGCAGAUCACGCGGACGCCGCAGCUUCCCCCGUUACGUGGGGAUCCAGAUGGCGAGGCCGGCGAG